UCAGUAUCCAACGAUGCUUACAAAAGUGGUUUUAUCGCUUUUACCCUUGGUAGCUCUGGCUAAUGCAAAAGAGUGCAUCGAUUUUAGAGACUAUGAUAACGAAACUGAAAAAUGCUGUUCUAUGCCGCUCGGAUUACCUCAGGAAUCGUUUGCGGCCUGCGUAAAAUCAGCAGAGCAGCAAGUUCCAGACAAAAAUACGGACGGUCUUCUCGACUGCGCCUACGAGUGUUAUUUGAAAGGGCUCGGCAUCAUCAAAGGUACAACUGUUCAAAUGGACGUAAUCAAAAAGUAUAUGGAAAAGUUGGAAAUGAAUGCCAGAGACUUAAAUAUACGCGCUUGGGAUGCUUGUGAGCGCUCUAAGGCGACAAUUCUCAAAGCUGUAAAAUGGCGAACAUAUAAAUGUGAUACGUUUCCACGCGAUAUCCAAGACUGUGUCGAUUACGGGAUCGAUUCCAACUGCCCCUCCAUGUAUUUCGAUGACAAACGUGAAAUUUGUCGAAAACUGCGAUCCGGUGUGCCGCCUUGUCAUUAACUGAUCCGAACAGAAGUUGAAUAAAUUGUUUAUCCGAUUUAAACGAUUUCCCA